AUGGAUUACGCCAUGGACAGCCAAAAUUCCGCUCCCGGUAGCGUUCAGGCCGCCAAGCUCAAUGGCUCCCGCAAAGGCCCCGACUCCCAGAGUGUCACCAAGAGGUUCGUUCAUGCAUCGCCUCGCGCCUCGUCGCAUCUGUGCCGUGUCAAGUUGGCUGACCCGCGCCCUCGCGACAGGUUGCAAACCGAGCUGAUGACGCUCAUGACCUCCCCGGCGCCCGGUGUCUCCGCCUUCCCUUCUGCUGACGGGAACCUGCUCUCUUGGACCGCUACUAUUGAAGGGCCCGACGAUACCCCCUACGCCGGCUUGACCUUCAAGCUGAGCUUCGCCUUCCCCUCCAACUACCCUUAUGCGGCUCCCACAGUCCUCUUCAAGACGCCCAUCUACCACCCCAACGUGGACUUUUCCGGUCGCAUCUGCCUGGACAUCCUCAAGGACAAGUGGACGGCGGCCUACAACAUCCAAACAGUGCUGCUAAGCCUGCAGAGCUUGCUCGGCGAACCCAACAAUGCGUCCCCAUUGAAUGGCGAGGCCGCCGAGCUUUGGGACAAGGACCCUCAAGAGUUCAAGACCAAGGUCCUUGCGCGACACCGGGACGUUGAGGAUGAGUAGCGGAGCGUGACGGGCUAGGCGUUACAGUUUGUUGUUCCACUGGGAGAAUUGGAGUCCUCGGGUUGUAUACCAUUGGUCGUUUAUUGCCAGUCACACCUUGGAUUGCGCUUUGGGCGCUCUGCACGAGCUGGAAAGGGUUCUUGUCUCCCGCGGGCAUGAGACAGGGGGCAAUCAUCAAGCGAUGUCUAUUGACGAUGGAUGGCUUUCCCCAUCAAUAGAUUCAAAGCAAGCCAGAAAGCAUUUGCUCUUUUCCCUCGCCAAUAACCCCGAUCCCCAUGUCAAUCAGCGCUCAAAGUGUCCUAGCAUCAGCGCCGGCGAGUGUGCGACACCAGCGGCAAAAGCCGUCGAGAGUGG